UAUCAAAAUUGGUUGAGAAUUGAUAAAGGUAUUGCAAGCUAAAGAAUCAAUUUUUUAUGCUAGUACUGCUAAGGUUAAACUGGAAUAUAUUGAUUGCACCUUUUAUGUAAGCUUGAUUUCAACAGUAGAAUCUAUGUUUUUUGUUUCUUUAUUCUUUUUCAUGUUUCUGUUCGGUAUCAUUUGAUUGAUUUCCCAUCAACAACCGUUUCGUUCCGUGGCGUUUUCCUAUGUUUGCCCCCCAAAACUGCGUCCAGAGCUGACCCCAAGCAGUGUGGCUACGGUUAGCUCAGGUAGCAGUAGUAAUCUCCCGCUCAGUUCGCGGAUUAAUCUCCGCCAGAUGGCUUCUGACCACUCGCAGGCCAGUAGCAGCCGGCAACACUCGAAUGCUGCCACAGCCAAUAGUAGCUCGAUUAGUUUGAACAAAAGCUAUAGUUUUACCUCCCGCCCACUAAAACAUCACUCUUUCAUAUCAGAAGUGCCGGACGUGCGACACAUGGAACGGGCCCUGCUCGGGCUGCUCGAGGAUUUCCACUCGGGCAAACUGAAAGCGUUUGGGUCGGGCUGCACGAUGGAACAGAUGACGAGCAUUCGGGAACAGCAGGAAAGCCUGGCGAAGCUGCACUUCGAUUUGGGCAAUGAGGCGUCCCUCAGUGCCAACGCCGGCAACAACGAAGCUCAAUCGCAAAAUGGCAUGCGAAAACUGGUGGCCAAGCUGGAGCAGCUCUCAUUCUCGAUCGAGAAACUCCACUCGAGCAAAGUGGAGCAGUGACUCAUUUAGGCGAUAGUUUGGAAUGCUUUAAGCGGUAGGUAUGCAUCAAUGAGUAGAUGUAGCAAUUUUUCUAGGAGUCAUGACAUUCGUGUUUUUCCAAUUUGUUCGAAUAAUUUAAUUUAUGUACCUUCCUAUGUUGAUAAAUGUGAUUUGGUAAUAAAACAUCAUUUGAUUUAAA